AUGAGUUCACCAUCACCGAAAGUUAAUCAUAUUAAAAUUUAUCCAUGGUCUCAAAGAAAAUUAAACAAAUUUAAUCCUUUUCCACGUAAUGGUCACUCUGUGAGUGAUACGAUAAAUAAUGAAAUAUUCUUUUUCGGUGGUUUUGUAAACGAAAAAGCCACAAAUGAAUUAUUUGUUAUUGAUGUUAAUGAUCUUAAUGUCGUUCCAGUAACCACUGUUUCCGGUGAUAUCCCUCGACCUCGAAGUCAUCAUACACAAAUUACUUUUGAAAAUAAAAUUUUAGGUAUAUGCCUAUUAUUAACGUUAAUUGAUAAGGGACGUCCACCUAACGGUCUUAUUGGUCAUUCUACUUCUUUAAUUGGAUCCGUUGUUUAUAUAUUUGGUGGGCAAAAUGGUAUAAAAUAUUUUAAUGAAAUGGUAGCAUUCGAUCUUAAAGUUCUAAAGUUACAACGAAAAAGAAGUAGAUUGAGUAAAUUCUCUUUAAAUCGAGCAAGCACCCCUGGCUCUCAUUGGAACUACAUUAUACCAAAUAAAAAUGAGUACUCUGUUCCUCCAUGCAGAAGUGGUCAUACUGCGUGUGAAUACAAAGAUAAAAUUUUUAUAUUUGGUGGAUCAAAUGGCGAAAAAUGCUUCAAUGAUACAUGGUGUUAUGAUACAUUGAAUGGUACUUGGUCGGAAUUAUCUUGUACCGGUUAUGUCCCCACACCUCGUGAAAGACAUGGAGCUGCUCGUGUUGAUGAUUUCCUCUAUAUUUUUGGUGGGAAAACUCAUGAAGGAGAUAUUAAUUUAGGUCAGAGGUGGUAUAAAUUUCCAGAAAUGGGUCCUACAGCUAGUCCUCGAUAUGAUCUUUCCAUGGCUGUAGUUGAUCAUGACAAGAUUUUCAUUUUUGGAGGUGAUUCGAAUGGUUCCAUAAAGCCUGAUGCUGAUGGAAAUAUUCAUGUAUUAGACACGUCAAAGAUAAAGUUCCCUUCGGAUACCCACACUCCUAAACAAACUGUUCAUCGUAAAAAAUUAUCGAUUACACCUCCGUUAAAAAUGGCAAUACAACCAAAAGAGAAUUCUAUUGCUGAAGAUUUAGAAGAAACCAGUUCAUCUUUAAAAUCAUCAAAGGCCUUAACACAUUCAAAGCAACCUUCAUUAGUUGAAUCUUCACCAGAUGUAAUAUCAAGUCGUACUAUUGCGCCAAGAUCUUCAAGUCUUAUUCCAUCAAAUAAUACUCAAUUACUUUAUGAUGCCUCCGGUGAAACUAUACCAAAUCAAUUUACUUUAUCGUCAUUAUCAACGUCUUCAUCAUUACAAUCUAUAAAUGAGGUCUCGGAAAAAAAUUUAUCAAAGCAACAAUCUAUUGAAAUCACUCUACCCAUACAAUCAUUAGUUGAAAGUCAUCGAAUACGUCUUUCUCAACAAGAUAGACAGUCUUAUGAUACUUUUGGAAAAGCUAAAACUAAAAGUCUUGGAAUUAGUCCACCUAUCGAAAGUGAUAAUUCAAAACACCCAUUAUUAGAUGAUGAUUUUUAUCAGAAUUCUCCAACUUCCCCAGUUGAAUCGGACUUAAAUGCUUAUGAAUUAGUUACAUUGAAUAAGAAUGGAACGUCAAAGCAGUCUCCAAAUAUAAAUGAUUUCGAAAGUGAGUCAUUUUCUUUAACACCUUCAUCAUCAUUAGAAGUAUCAAAAACUUUUCAAGUUAUGAUAGAACAAAUUCCUUCAAAUUCUUUAGAAACGGACGUCCUCCUUUCUAAAAAAAUUAUUUCCGAAAAUCAAUUCACGAAUUCUUAUAAUGAUGAUUUAUUUAAAGAUUUUGAUAAUUUAAAUAAUUCAUUAGAAAAUUCAAAGACAAAUAGUAUUGGAAAUUUUAUGCUUAAAAAUGAAGAAAUUAAAUCUUUAGAAAAUAAAAAUUCUCAAUCUUCUGCAAAAUCUUUUAUGUCAAAUGAAAUUAGUACUCAAACUCAACGUGACACUUUUAUUAUUCGUGAAAGAAAAGAGAAACGUCCAAAUGGUGCUAGGCCGCUUAUUAAUAAAUCUUAUAUUCAAAAUAGUAUGGAAAGUUCUAAUAUGCAAGAAAAUAUUGAUAUUAGAAACAUAAAAGAUAUAAAUAAUGGUAUUAAUUCUCCGGUUUCGGAUCAUAUUGACGGUUCUGAAGAGAUCGACGAAGAUCGUAAUAUGUCUCCAUUACAAGAAGAUCAUUCUGAGGUUACAUUAUCAUCAAAUAAUGAUAUAAUGAAUAUUAUACCUUCAAAAAUAAUACUUAAUAAUUCAUUACGAGAAGAUCAACCAUCAAAUUCUGAUUUAUCAAAUCUUAUACCUUCCCACUUAAUACCUGAUAAUGAAAUAUCUGUACCUGUACCAACUCCUACGACCAGUUCCACUUAUGUAAAUGAUUCUCAAACUUCCGAAGAUGAAAGAGAUAAUUAUAUUAAAGAAGCUGUACAACGUGAUCCGAAUUCUGUUGAAUUUGAACAACAUGAAAAUUGGUUUAAAAAUGAUUUAAAUUCUGCUAAAAAAUUAGGUUAUAAAUUGGAUUUAAAUGAUGAUGAAAAAAUUUCUGAUGAAUUAGAUUUUGAACAAUUAUCUAAACUUUUAGAUCCAAAUAGUGAAAAAUAUAAAAUUAUGCAAUCUAUUUUUCAAAUGCAACAAAGAUUGAAAAAAGCAAAGGAAAGUAUAGCUGGUCAAGCUUUAAUUGCAUCGCAAAAAAUUGCUGCGGCAGAACAAGCUCACGAAGCAGCUAUUCAAGAAGCAACUUAUUAUAAAAGUAAGAUAGAAAAUUUAAUAAAUAGUUUAGAUCCAAAAUAUCGAACUACAGAAAUGGAAAAAACUAUGAAACUUGAAAAACAAUUAACACAAGUUAUAAAAGAAAAUAUUCAAUUACAAAAUCAAUAUGAAGAAUAUUAUCAAAAAUCAGUUAAUAAUGAAAAUUCUUUUAAAAAUUUUGAUGAUAAUAAUUAUUUAAUAACUAAAAAUUCUCAAAGUCCAAUUUCAAAAAAAUUAGCAGAUCUUAGAACUCGUAUACUUUCAACUGAAACUCAACUUGAUGAAAGUAAUUUACAAUUAAAACAAGCUAAUGGUGAAAUAACAAAAUAUCAACAAGAUGCUGAAAAUUCAAAGAUGCGAUUUACUCAAUUACAUGAAUCACUUGAACAACAUUAUACAAUAUUUGAACAAAUCAAUAAUGCAAUUACAACAACAAAUGAAAGGACCAAUGAAUUGGAAAAUUUAUUAAGAAGAAGUAGAAAAGAGAAAACUAAAUUGGAGAAUAAAGUAGCUUCAUUAAGAAUUGAUUUAGAGGUUAAAGAAGAAGAAUUAAAUCAAGAAGCUGAUCGUUCUGAUAAAAUUGGAAGGUUAUUAGAGAAUGAACAAAAAGAAGGAAAAAUCUUGAGAUCUAUGCUUCAAGAAAGUAUGAAAGAAUUAUUAAAUAUUUCUUUAUGGAAGUGA